CGCGUCGCGUCCCGUGAGUCUCUCGCACGCCGUCCUCCCCCACCCCCACCCUGUCGUCGUCGUCGUCGUCGUCGCUGUGGCUGCGAUCGCGCUCCCGGCCUCUCAGCUCCGCUGGGCAAUAACGUUAUUCCACACACGCCCGACACAUAGCGGUAACGGCAAAGAGUGGCCGCCUAGUGCGCAGGCGCCUGGGGAAAGGGCGAGGAGCCCGGCCCUAUCCCCUUCUCCGGCUCAGAUCAGCGAUCUCUCACUGCGCAGGCGCCAAAAACAGACAAUGAAAAGGGGUUGUGCAGAGGGUCUCACCCCCAGACUUUUCCAGCUGCCCACUGCGCAGGCGUGCCUCAAAGACCAAGUUGAACAAUGAAGAGGACCCCGGCAUUGGCAGGGACCGCAACCGACAAGGACUACAGUUCCCAGCGGGCAGCGCGCCAAAUCCAAGCGGAGGUCGGGUUGCUGAGCAUGCUAGGAUUUGUAGUGUCAACCGCCUUUCCACAAUCUAGUCUCUGCGGAAGAUUUAGGGCUACUUCCUUUUGCUUAUUUGGCCGUUUUGACAAAUGUCGUGGCUGAAGAGUGUGGAGCUUAUUUGUGUCCUUGAGGAGCUUCAAGGAUCGAAUGCUUACUAGCAGGUUUGGAAGGGUCAAGGCCUUCAGUGAGCCCUGUCUCUUGGGUGGUCCAAACAGCAGGAUGCGGUGAAGGCAGCACUGAGCCAGGAAGAGGGCGGAGCCUGCAAGCAGUUUCUUGGCAACCGGAUCUGGUAACCAAACGGCCAGAGCCUGAGAUCGGAGCGCGGUGCCCUCUGGGAAUUGUAGUGUCGUUGGAAGAACUCUCAGGAUCGUCGAGACUGCAAGCCCGGAGUCUGUGAACCACAUGUCCCGUCAUCUACCAGGAGGGCCACUGGGUGGAAAGAGCUCCUGCGAGCUCAGUCCGGGGUUCCUGGCUCCCCAUUGACAGCAGCGGCAGGAAGCAGGCUAAGGCCUCCUGUUCUCGGAGGGGAGAUCACUGGACACUGUGCCAAGUAACUCCCAACUCUGGGCCCCGAGUGUGUGCAUGGCGAAGUCCCCGGAGAACUCUACCCUAGAGGAGAUUCUGGGGCAAUACCAACGGAGUCUCCGGGAACGUGCAAAUAGAAGCAUCCACCAACUGAAAUGCGCCCUGAAAGAAGGCGAUGUCAGUGGUGUGGAAGAUGCUCUGGAUCCUUCUUUAAGCACGAACGUAGGACAUGAGGACCCUGGGACUGCCUGGCACGAACUACAACACAGCCAUGCUGUUAAUCAACUCAAAGCUUUGUUGCAUCAACAAGCAGCUAAGGAAAGUGAGGUAUCUCCUUCAAGAAGACGAAAAAUGUCCCCUUUGAGGUCCUCAGAACAUGAGGAAACCAGCAUGCCUACUGUCCAAAAUCUUGUCCCUAUCAUCAAUGAUCAGUCUCAAUACAUUCAUCAUUUAGAGGCAGAAGUCAAGUUCUGCAAGGAGGAACUCUCUGGAAUGAAAAAUAGGUUACAGGUAGUGGUGCUUGACAAUGAACGGCUCCAGCAAGAGUUGAAAUUGCGAAGACAAGAGGAAGCAAUGAGGGAACAAACACUUCUGGAUGCAACUGGAAACAUGCAGAAUUCUUGGAUUACAACCGGUGAAAAUUCUGGGGUGGAAGAAUCUGCCAAGAGAUCGCUUUCCCGUGGCAAUGCCGAUGCUACCAGAGCUUCGUCUGCCAGUGAGGCUGAGAAAUGGAAGCUAGAACUGGAGAGGCUGAAACUUACUUAUGAGGCAAAGUGUGAAAUCCUGGAAUCUCAGUUGAGGUUUUUGAGGAAAGACUUAGCUGAAUAUCAGAAAAACUGUGAAGAUCUUAAAGAACGACUAAAGCACAAAGAGUCUCUUCUCGCUGGCAAUGUCGCUAACCGUGUUGGCGGUCUUUGUUUGAAGUGCGCCCAGCACGAAGCCGUUCUUUCCCAAACCCAUAGUAACGUUCACGUGCAGACCAUUGAAAGGCUGACUAAAGAAAGAGAUGACUUAAUGUCUGCGCUGGUUUCCGUAAGGAGCAGCUUGACAGAUAUGCAGCAGAGGGAAGCCAGCGCUUACGAGCAGGUGAAGCAAGCUGUGCAAAUGACCGAGGAGGCCAAUUUUGAAAAAACCAAGGCUUUCAUCCAAUGUGAGCAGCUGAAGAGUGAGCUGGAGAGACAGGCAGAGCGCCUUGGAAAAGAACUUGCAGCUCAGCAAGAGAAGAGGGCCUUUGAGAAAGAGAUGAUGAAGAAAGAAUUCGCCGCAGAAAGGGAGGACAUGGGCUCGAAGAUGUUGACCCUGUCUCAGAAUAUUGCCCAACUGGAGGCCCAGGUGGAAAAGCUUACAAGAGAGAAGGUUUCAGCUAUUAACCAGCGAGAGGAAAUUCAAAGCCAGCUCGCUUCCCGGGAAACGGAUGUCACAAAGGUGUGUGGGGAAAUGCGCUAUCAAUUGAAUAAAAUCAAAAUGGAGAAGGAUGAGGCAGAAAAGGAGCACAGAGAGUACAGAACAAAAACUAUAAGGGACCUUGAAAUUAAAGAUCAGGAAAUAGAGAAACUGACAUUAGGACUGAGCGAGAGCAAGCAGCUCUUGGAGCAGGAGCAGCAGAAGGCGGCGGGGGCCAGAGAGGAGCUCCUGAAACUGACGGAGCGGCUGGGCGAUGCUGAGCGCCAACUGCACCUCACCAGACUGGAAAAAGAGAGCAUUCAGCAAAGCUUUAGCAACGAAGCAAAGGCCCAGGCCCUUCAGGCCCAGCAAAGAGAGCGGGAGCUGACAGAGAAGAUACAGCAAAUGGAGGCCCAGCAUGACAAGGCUGAAAAUGAACAGUAUUCAUUGCUGACCUCCCAGAACACAUUUUUGACAAAGUUAAAGGAAGAGUGCUGUACAUUAGCCAAGAAACUGGAACAAGUCUCUCAAAAAAGCAGAUCUGAAAUAGCUCAGCUCAGUCAAGAAAAAAGGUACACAUAUGACAAACUGAAAAAGUUACAGAGGAGAAAUGAUGAAUUGGAGGAACAGUGUGUCCAACAUGGGAGGCUACAUGAGAUGAUGAAGCAAAGACUCAGGCAGCUGGACAAGCACAGCCAGGCCACCGCCCAUCAGCUGGUGCAGCUACUCCACAAGCAGAACCAGCUCCUGCUGGAGAGGCAGACCCUGUCGGAGGAGGUGGAGCGGCUGAGAUCCCAGUUACCCAGCAUGCCACAAUCUGAUUGCUGACCUGGAUGAAACAGAGUGAAAUAAAUGAUUUACAAAGAGAUAUUUACAUUCAUCUGAUUUGUACGUAAUAUGUCACAACGCACCGCGACCUUCCCGGUGGACACCGCCUCAGACGGCAGGGGCGGCACUGUCGCCGCCACGCGUGUUCCCGAGUGGUCCCUGCACGGCGGACGGGCUGGAGCCGAAGUCUGAUGUGGGGGAGACCUCCUGGUGUGGGUGUGCAGAAACGGCUUGAUGUUACUGUCAUUCUAGAGUUGCUCAUUUGUAUGCUACGUUACACACAGGAUUUCCAAUAAAUGAACUUUUGAAAAGACUUGAAUUGUAAUGUUUACUUUCUACCUUGCAGUGAUGAACAAAAACACACCAAAAAGGCACCUAUUGUAACCAGGCCAAAGGGUAGC